GAAUCAUCUGAGAGUACAAACACCACCAUCGAGGAUGAAGACACCAGAGUGAGGAAACAGGACAUCAUUAAAGUGACAGAGCAGCUCAUCGAGGCGAUCAGCAACGGAGACUUUGAGAGCUACACUAAAAUGUGCGACCCGGCUGUCACGGCGUUCGAGCCUGAGGCGUUGGGGAAUCUUGUCGAAGGCCUUGACUUCCACCGCUUUUAUUUUGAAAACUUGUGGUCUAAGAACAGUAAGCCGGUCCACACCACCAUCCUGAACCCUCACAUCCACCUGGUGGGAGACGAGGCCGCCUGCAUCGCCUACAUCAGAGUGACUCAGUACAUCGACUCCAACGGGACGCCUCGCACCGCCCAAUCAGAGGAGACCAGGGUGUGGCACCGCCGCGACGGGAAGUGGCAGAUCGUCCAUUUCCACCGCUCAGGAUCCCCGUCCACACUCAGCAAGUAA